GAAAUUCUUCCUCACCAUUAUUCGGUCUUUUCCCUCAAGAUCCAUCACCAAAAUGCCUCCAACACUGUGUUUUAACUGCAAGGAAACUAGAGCAGUCAUUAUACGUCCCAAGAACCGGCACAAGCUAUGCCGCGCCUGCUUCCUCGAAGUUUUCGAGACCGAAGUCCACGAGACGAUCACCUCCUCUUCCCUCUUUUAUCCCGGCGAACGAGUCGCCAUCGGCGCCAGUGGAGGCAAAGAUAGCACGGUUCUUGCGUCAGUUCUCAAAACACUUAACGAGCGCCACAACUACGGCCUAGAAUUAUGUCUGCUCUCCAUCGACGAGGGUAUCAAGGGCUAUCGCGACGAUAGUCUGGAGACGGUCAAGCGCAACGCCGUUCAGUACGAUAUGCCGCUGGAAAUCGUCGGGUAUAGCGAGUUAUACGGUUGGACAAUGGAUCAGGUUGUCGAGCAGGUCGGGAAGAAAGGCAACUGCACCUACUGCGGGGUGUUCCGGCGACAAGCGCUCGACCGGGGCGCCGCGCGACUGGGCAUCAAGCAUGUUGUCACGGGACAUAACGCGGACGAUGUAGCAGAGACGGUGAUGAUGAAUCUACUGCGAGGGGAUCUGCCGCGUCUGUCUCGGGGACUACGCAGCAAACCGCUGAAGUAUGCGUACGAGAAGGAGAUCGUGCUGUACGCGCACCACAAGAAGCUGGAUUAUUUCAGCACUGAGUGUAUCUAUUCGCCUGAAGCGUUCCGAGGCAGCGCCCGGACGCUGAUUAAAGAUCUCGAGAAAAUCCGCCCCAGCUCGAUCUUGGAUAUUGUCAAGAGCGGAGAGGACAUGGCUGCUCUGGUGCCAUUGGAGGUCAGUUCGAGCGGAAGGAAAUGCGGCGGCACCGCCGCUGCUACUACUGCUACUGCAGAGGACGAUGAAUCGGCGGGUGGCUGUGGCAGUCAAAACGGUCGAUCGAGCGGUGGCGAAAUGGCGGCGAUGGAGAAGAAGCUUGCAGAAGAUGACGCCGCUCAGUCGAGAGAGACCGAGAUCAAGCUCCCGGUUGCCCCGAAGAAAAAGAGCGGCAAGGCGAAUAACCCGAGAGCGAUCAAGAGUCAAACAAUGGGCAAGUGCGAGCGCUGCGGAUACAUUUCGAGCCAGAAGAUCUGCAAAGCCUGCAUGCUUCUGGACGGGCUGAACAAGAACCGGCCCAAGACUGCUAUUGAAGUGGGCGUCGAAAUCGAGGACGAAGAAAGCAGCUCUACGCUCAUGAGGCAGAUGGAGCGAGUCCAGUUGACAACCGGCUAAGCCAGGGGAGAAGAAUCCAAUGCCCUCCUUGACAAGCUGCUACGCGCUCUGCGAUAGCGCACCCCUCCCAUCAGGAUCAGGUCCUGAGGCUGACCAGUUCACCCGUCCCCUGGCCAAAUAUCGAUCGUAUGGAUCGAUAGACCAGUAAGACUGCGCGCGGCCCAUCAGCGUCAGCACAUCAGACGCAUGGCUAGACAUGCUCGCACAACGGCCACCGCUGCGAACCCGCCCCAAAUUGCACAAGAGACAAGAACCCAGAUCGAUGCAAUUGAAUAUAUGCCAACCAUAGUCCUGAACAGGUCAUGUCAUGCCGUAACUCCAGUAAUGCUAUAAUACAAUCAAAUCAGUCUCUAUCCAUCCCCGCACUUCCUCCAACACCCCGAAUCCGAUGUAUCCCAUCGUAGCCGAUCCCAUUCAUCCCUACCAUCCCAUCCCAUCCACUCGCACAACAACAGAGACAGUGGUUCACUCCUUCCCCC